AUGUAUUGGAAACCCUCGUUCUCCGUCACGCUGUACGGCUGCAAAGCUUUACAAAUGAACAGCCAGCUGGUGCUAACACCUCCCCACAAUCCACUGCACCCCUCCCCACAAUCCACUGCGAAAAGGGUGAAUGCGCACGCACGGUCGCUGAAUGCGCGCUCCCGACCCCGCUGUAGCCACAUCGCGGAUCAGCGAAGCAGAGAGGAGUCACUGGAGCGCAGGAAGGAGCAGACGCUGGGAGUGGAGCGUAUCGUGCGGGUUAUAUACAGCUAA